GUGAAAGGGUUAAAAUUCAGGAAUUUCACCUUGACCGUCAAUAUAGAAGGGAAAUAACUCUAAAUGUUGUUUACCCUGACGAUUCGUCGCGUUUCCUGUCAUGUUUUUAUGAAAUUGUCGAUUGAAAUGGCCAAGCGAACAGUGGAUGUUGUUUUAGCGGACCCCUGUUUCUGGGAAAGCGACGACAGUGACAUAGAGCGUGCCAGUGAUGAUGACAGUGCGUUCGAACUAAAUUCCGACGACAGCGUCAGUGAGUCUGCUUCAAGCGACUGUGAUUUAGACGGUCUCGCCCGCGAUGUGGAUGUUGAAAUUGAUUUGGAACACGAUGAUUCGGAUGAAUAUGAUGACGAUGGUGAAGCUCCUAAUGAAAAUGCAGUGCCGGUAAAGAAUUGUGAAUGGACCAAAAAAUUGACUGAGCUGCCCGAUGUUAGUUUUGUUUUUGAACACCUUGUUGGAGUAAAUAAAGAUCUCGAAGGUGUUGAACAUUUUGAAGUCGUCAAUUUAUUCCAACUUUUAUUUACUGACUAUAUUUUGCGAGAUAUUGUUGUAGAAACAAACAGGUACGCUAAACAAUGUCAAGAAGGCAGACAUAUUCAUAAAGAUUGGACAAAUAUUUCAGUGCCUGAAUUGAAAACGUGGCUAGGUCUAGUCAUCGCUACUGGUAUUGUGCAAAAAAAGGGUCGUAUUGCCAGUUAUUGGUCAAAACAUUGGCUUACCCAAACACCUGGUUUCAAUCAGACAAUGACCAGCAAAAGAUUCCUUCAAAUAUUGUCGUGUAUUCAUUUUGUAGACAAUUCAUCAACAACUGUAAAUAAGUCAGAUAAAUUCUGGAAGAUUAGAACACUAUUAGACUAUGUUGUGAAACGUUUUCAACUUGUGUACAAUCCCCAACGUGAAAUUGCAGUGGAUGAAACUAUGUUAAAGUUCAAAGGACGACUUGGAAUUAAACAAUACAUUAAGAAUAAGCCUAUAAAGUGGGGUAUAAAACUGUUUACUUUAGCAGAAUCAUCUAGUGGAUAUGUGCUAAACAUUAUACCCUAUGCUGGAAAAAGAGAGGACACACAAUUAUCUAAAACAGCUCAAAUCGUUGUUGACGUUUGUCAGCCUUUUCUCAACAAGGGUCACUACGUAUUUAUGGAUAAUUAUUAUACCAAUAUAGAACUUAUUGAAUAUCUAUCUCAAGUAAAAACCUUAUCCUGCGGCACUGUAAACAGCAACCGCAAACGACUUCCAUCUGAUAUGAAAAAAAGUGCAACUAAAAAACUAAAGAAAGGUGAAAGUUUGAAAAGAAUCUCAAACAAUGUUUUGGCUGUAAGCUGGAAAGACACGAGAGUUGUCAAUCUAUUAACAAAUAUCCCAGGUAAUCUUGAUGAUGUUGAUAUACAGAGAAGAGACAAGAAACAGGGUGGUAAAGAAGUUACGAUCAGCAAACCUAGGGCUAUUAUCACUUAUAAUUCUUAUAUGGGGGGUGUUGAUUUAUCUGAUCAACGUGUUGCUACAUAUAGACGUCAUAUGAAAUCUUUGACUUGGUACAUACAAGUGUUUAUGCAUUUGUUAAGACUCUCUGCUGUUCAAGCCUUUAUUGUACAUAAGAAAAUUCAUUCACAGUUAAAGUUGUCACAACAUGAGUUUUUCUUACAACUGGCUGAUGGGUUGAUAGGUGGCAGAACAUUCACUAAGAAACGAGGGCGUCCAUCUGUUACAUUACCACCAGAAAUAAGGUUUGACAGAACCUUGGAACACGCUCCAUAUAAAUAUGAGAAUCAGGGUAGGUGUGUUGUCCAUUCAAACCGCGUUGAAACCACUUAUGGUUGUGGUGUGUGUGGUAAAAGAAUGUGCCCAUAUCCCUGUUUCCACAGAUAUCAUUAUACUGUUAAUUUUCCCUACAUGGACCCAAAUAAAGAAAAUGCAGCACCAGCUAGGAAACACAAAAAAGUCAAAUUGUUAGCUUAAUUAUGAUGAUAUCGAACUGCAUAUAUGAUGUAUUGUCCUUUUUCAUUCAAUAGGCACUGUUUCCAUUUGGUUGCCAUGGUAACACAUUCAACAUUAUCGCUUUCUUAUAUAUAUACACACUGUAUAAUAAUGAUGAGUAUUAUCUUGGUUUGUCUCUGACUCAAAUUAUAUAUAUAUAUAUAUAUGCGGUGUCUGUACUGUUUAUAGAAAUCUAAAUAUGAUCAAAAUCUGUAAAUAUCUUUUUCUGUGAUAUUUUAAAUUUUACCACAAAAUAUAUAAUUUUAUUGUUAUUGUUGAUCGUGAUUGUUAAUUUUAUCAUUGUUAGCUUACUGUGCCUCACAUGUAGUGAAUAGCUAUGAUUAUAUUGAGACUGUAGAUGAUGUAUUUUCCUUUUUUUAAAAAAUAGGCAUUGUUUUCGAUUGGUUGCCAUGGUAACACUUUUGUUUUAACAAAACAGUAAACAUUCAGUAUUGUCGGUUUCUUGUAUACAUUCUAUAAUAAUUAUAAAUAUUAUCUUAGUUUGUCUAAAAUUCCAUAUAUUUUGCGGUAUCUGUACUAUGUAUAGAAAUCUAAAUAUGAUCAAAAUCUGUAAAUUUCUAUUUUUGUGAUAUUUUAAAUUUUACCACCAAAUAUCUAAUUUUAUUGUCAUUAUUGCUGAUGAUUGUUAAUUUUAUCAUUGUUAGGUUAUUGUGCCUCACAUGUAGUGAAUAAGUAUGAUGAUAUUGAGACUGUAGAUGAUGUAGUGUCCUUUUUUAGAAAAACCCAAAUAGGCAUUAUUUUCAAUUGGUUGCCAUGGUAACACUUUCAUUUUAACAAAACAGUGAACAUUCAGAAUUAUUGGUUUCUUGUAUACAUUCUAUAAUAAUUAUAAAUAUUAUCUUGGUUUGUCUAAAAUUCAAAUAUAUAUAGUAUCUGUAUUAUGUAUAGAAAUUUAAAUAUGAUAAAAUCUGUAAAUAUCUAUUUUUGUGAUAUUUUAAAUUUUACCACUAAAUAUCCAAUUUUAUUGUUAUUGUUGAUAAUGAUUUUUAUUUUUAUCUUUGUUAUUUAAAUGUUAUUGAAUAUUAAUAAAUAUUUGAAAUUUA